GUAUAUCGUUGCGUACGGAUUGUCAAGAGUUUAACAGCUAAAAAAAAAAACAUAUAAAAUCGAAACUUUAAAACAACAAGUCAAGUUUCAUUUUCAUUUUAUGUUUGAAAUCAAACUUUAAAAAAGAAAACGCAUUAAAACAAGUUUUAUUUUAUAACAAAAUAUUGUUUUAAUUCAAUUUAAAAAACAAACAAAAAUGGCGGUGCUACGUACCAUGUUGUUGUUGGCUUUGGGUGCCACCGUCACUUUGGCUCAAAGACGUUUAGCGUUACCUGAUCCUAGAAGUUGUGCCAAUCGUGUACGACAUGCCUCCUAUCGUGAUGCUCGUGGUGUUUCUCACUCAUACUUCUUCAGUUGGGAACAUGCUCCCACCCGUAGCUUAGAAGUCGAUUGGUUGGAUGCCCGCAACAUUUGUCGUCGUCAUUGUAUGGAUGCCGUUUCCCUAGAAACUCCCCAGGAAAACGAAUUCGUUAAGCAACGCAUAGCUCGCGGCAAUGUACGCUAUAUCUGGACUUCUGGUCGCAAGUGUAAUUUCGCAGGCUGUGAUCGUCCCGAUUUACAACCCCCCAAUGAGAAUGGAUGGUUCUGGUCUGGUUCAGGCGCCAAAAUUGGUCCCACCUCUCAGCGCAAUACAGGCGAUUGGUCUCAUACUGGUGGUUACAAUCAAGCUCAACCCGAUAAUCGUGAAGCUGCCCAAGGUAAUGAUGAAUCUUGCCUCUCCAUCUUAAACAACUUCUACAAUGAUGGCGUUAAAUGGCAUGAUGUGGCCUGCCAUCAUCUUAAACCAUUUGUGUGUGAAGAUUCCGAUGAACUUUUGAACUUUGUACGCUCACGCAAUCCUGGUCUUCGUCUGUAAAAUAUUUGAAUUUAUUUAGCCCCGGCCACUACCACCACCUCUCUCAUUCUCUCUCUCACUCUUCAAACUAUUACUGAUCUAUGGUUAAUUGUUAUACAUUAUAUAUAAAAAAAAAUUAUGUGUAUUUUAUAGAAAAAUGGGAAAAACAAAAAUUUAUUUUAAGUUUAAAUUUAAAAAAUGAAAUCGUUUAUUUAUAAAAAAAAAGAAAUUAAAUUCUGUUAUUGUUUUUUUUAAUCAUUAUUUGUUUUGUUAUACGAAAUUCAUCUUUGUUGUGGAUGGUUUUGAUGUCUCUUUAUCUUUUCUCUUCUAUUUUAUAUUUAAAACAAGAAAACUGUAUAAAAUUGUUGUCAUUAGUAGUGAAAAAAAAAAAACGGAAAUCAGCAACAAAAUUUCAUCAACACACAUUAAUUUUUGUAAUUAAUUAAAUAUUUUAAUUAUUAUUUUUGGUUAGAAAAUGUAUACAAAAUUCAUUAAACAAAAAAAAACAACUGCAUUUAUUUAAAUAAAGAAAAACAAAAUUAUACUAAAA